AGGUGAUUUUAAACAGCUGAACAGUCACGUGUCUGUACGCCGUCGCGCGAUAACGUUACCGAAUCAGUCUGCUUUUGAUAUGUUUUGAUCUCAGCCGCCAGGGUGAACUUUGACCUCCUUUGGAACACAAACAGGAACGAUGGAUCCUGGUUGGACCAAAACGGUAAUGUUGACAGGAAGUCUUCUGGUGCUUCCUGUUGUCGCCUUCAUUGCAGCUUUCCUGUUCCGGCCCGGAAUCCUCAUCAAGAUCUACAACUGGUACAUGCAGUGCAGGUUGGGGCUGCAGGUCCGUUACGCUCACAGUGGAAAUUACCGCUUCUGUUAUUCCUGCCGCGGGACACCAGGUGGCGCUACACCAUCACUGCUGCUACUGCACGGCUUCUCUGCCAACAAGGACUUAUGGCUCGGUGUUGUCAAGUACCUCCCCAGUAGCCAACAUGUUGUAUGUGUGGACAUGCCGGGACAUGAGGGGACGAGCCGCCCCGGCACCGAGGACUACAGCAUCCAGGGUCAAGUGUCCCGAAUCCACCAGUUCGUACAGAGCACCGGUCUGAACCACAGGCCAUUCCACCUGGUUGGAUCUUCGAUGGGGGGUAAUGUUGCGGGGGUGUAUGCUGCCUGUUACCCCGCCCACCUGUCUGCUCUCACCUUGAUCAGCCCCGCAGGUUUGAUGUGUCCCUCAGACUCAGAGUUUAUCUGUCGUCUGAGGGAGUUGGAGGGGAGUCAGCAGGAGGAGGUGAUCCCUCUGAUUCCCUCCACCGUUGAGGAGAUGGAGGACAUGCUGAGACUCUGCAACUUCAACUCUUUCUCGCUCCCUCGUCAGGUUCUCCGGGGUCUGCUGGAAAACAGGAUCCCUCACAAUUCAUUCUACAAAAAAGUGUUUACAGACAUUGUCGGGGAGAAGUCUCGUUAUUCCUUGCAGGAACAUAUGCACUUGAUCACAGUACCCUUACAGGUCAUCUGGGGCAAAGAAGACCAGGUUCUGGAUGUUUCUGGGGCGACGGUGCUGCAGAAGGCAGUGCCCGGGUGCCAAGUGGUGCUGUUGGACCACUGUGGUCACUCUGUGGCACUGGAGAGGCCCAGAAAAACUGCCAAGCUCAUCACUGACUUCCUGUCUGCCCAGACAGGUGAGGGCGAAGUCAUGAAGAAACAUUCCUGAA